GUUCUUCGCUAGCAUAACACUGCUGCGUGUGAACGAUUGACACACUUAUACUUUGUUGAGCGAUAUUUAGCGAUGAUCGGACUGCACAAACGUAUUGAUUUCUUGCUGGCUCGCGGCUGAAGCUUAACCAGACUGUGUUUGCACGAAGAUAUGCCCUAAAUUUGAUUUUUAAUACACGUCUCGUAUAAAUGAAUGAGACGUUCUGCGCUAGCAUAACAUUGCUACGUGUGAAUGAUUGAAUGAAAUCAGAAGCAUGGCGUCUCUCUCAGUUAAGAAUGUAUUGUAUUUAGAAUCUAUAAUAUAUCGUUGAUUUGAAUGAAAUCAGAAGCAUAGAGUCUGUCUCAGUUCAGAAUGUAUUGUAUUGUAUUUGCCAUUUUUACUGUUUGUCUUACGUGAGCGCACGUGGCGUGACGUCACUUCAGGAGGCGUGGUUAAGUGCCCUGUACGGAGGGGUCAAUUAAUCACAAACGUAAACAUAAGCCCUCUUGUUUGAGUUUAUGCUACACAUAUGGCAUACAUUUAUAUGAUUCGUCAGUAUAAAACUCUGAUUACUUUUUUUUGUGUGUGUGUGGGGGGGGGUCACUGUGCUGUAGUGGAGAGGUGCAUGUGCACAAUGCAAACGGGGACGCAGAUGACCAAACUGAAGGGAAAGAAGAAGGGACUCAUGCGCUUCUACUACUUGGAUGAACACCGCUCAUGCAUCCGGUGGCGUCCCUCAAGGAAACACGACAAAGCCAAAAUUACAAUUGACUCCAUCCACGAGGUCCGCGAAGGGAAAAAGUCAGAGGUUUUCCGCAAGUACGCCGACAAUCGCUUCGACCCAAACUGCUGCUUUAGCAUUUACUACGGCGAGCGCGUCAAAUCCCUGGACCUGGUCAGCACCAACGGCGAGGAGGCCCGCACGUGGAUCACCGGACUCAAGUACCUCAUGGCCGGCAUCAGCGAUGAAGACAGUUUGGCUCGGAGGCAACGGACCCGUGAUCAGUGGCUUCAGCAGACUUUCUCGGAAGCGGACAAAAACGGAGACGGCACCCUCAGCAUCGGAGAAGUCCACCAGCUUCUUCACAAGCUCAACGUGAAUCUUCCCAGGCAGAAAGUCCGGGAGAUGUUCCAGGAGGCGGAGACAGACGAAAACCAGGGUUCUUUAGGCUUUGAGGAAUUUUGCUUCUUCUACAAGAUGAUAUCCACACGGCGAGACCUCUACCUCAUCAUGAUUUCUUACAGCAACCAAAAAGAAGUCAUGGACCUGCACGACCUCGCCCGCUUCCUGGAGAACGAGCAGAAGAUGAGAGGUCUCGGCAGAGAGCACCUGAUGGACAUCGUCGCCAGGUUUGAGCCGUGUCCUGAGAACCUGCAGCAUCUGGUUUUGGGAAUAGACGGUUUUACCAACUACAUGCGAAGUCCAGGCGGUGACAUCUUCAACCCUGAGCACAACCAGGUGAACCAGGACAUGACGCAGCCACUGUGCAACUACUUCAUCGCCACGUCGCACAACACCUACCUGACCGGAGACCAGCUGCUGUCUCAGUCCAGUGUGGAGAUGUACGGUUACGUUCUCCAGGCCGGCUGUCGCUGCGUGGAAGUGGACUGCUGGGACGGGCCGGAUGGUGAGCCCAUCAUCCACCACGGCUACACCUUGACCUCCAAAAUCCUUUUCAAAGAAGUCAUCGAAACGAUUAACAAAUACGCCUUCACCAAAUCACAGUACCCGGUGAUUUUGUCCAUAGAAAACCAUUGCACUGUGCCUCAACAGAAGAAGAUGGCAGAAUACCUGAGAGAGGUGCUCCAGGAUAAGCUCGACCUGUCCAACGUCAACACGCUUGAAAGCAAGAAACUCCCCUCCCCAGAAAUGCUAAAAGGAAAAAUAUUAGUCAAGGGAAAGAAGCUCCCAGCAAACCUGGACCCGAAUGCCGAGGAAGGAGAUGUGUCUGAUGAAGACACCGGGGACGAGGAAGAAGAGGAAGAUGACAAAGAGGAGGAUUCCCAGGAGGAAAACAGUGGUCUGGCUGCUCGACACCUGAAGAAGAAGAAGAGGCGCUUUGGCAGAUCCAUCAUCAGGAGCUUCAAACGCAAGAGGAAAAAGAGAAUGCGACUGAGGAGUAAAGUCAGGUCUGACGGAGAGUCGGACUACAGCAGCAGCAGCAGGGACAGGACGCAAAUUGUUUAUCACCCGAAGAAGAGGAAGACAAUGAGGUUGUCCCGUGCUCUGUCCGACCUCGUCAAGUACACAAAAUCUGUUCGAGUGCACGAUAUAGAAACACAAGCAUUUAUGAACAGUUGGCAGGUGUCGUCGCUCAAUGAAACCGUCAUGAACCAGAUCGUCCUGCUGAAGCCCGGUCAGUUGGUGCGCUUCAACCAGCGUCAACUCCUGAGGGUCUACCCGUCCAACUACAGGGUGGACUCCAGCAACUUCAAUCCGCAACCCUACUGGAACGCAGGAUGUCACAUGGUUGCGAUGAACUAUCAAACAGAGGGUCGCAUGCUUGAACUGAACCGAGCUAAGUUCUCAACCAACGGAAACUGUGGAUACAUUCUGAAGCCUAAAAUCAUUUGUAAAGGUGCCUUUAACCCCAAUUUGGAAGAUCCACUUCCAGGAAAAAGGAAGAUUCAGUUAGUUUUGAAGAUCAUCAGUGGACAGCAGCUUCCCAAACCCAAAGACUCCAUGUUUGGGGACAGGGGAGAGAUCAUUGAUCCCUUUGUGGAGGUUGAAAUCAUUGGUCUACCCGUCGACUGUUCAAAGCAGCAGACCAGAGUGAUAGAUGAUAAUGGUUUUAACCCCAUGUGGGAGGAGACGCUCGUCUUUCACAUUCUAAUGCCCCAGAUGGCUCUGGUGCGCUUCCAAGUGUGGGAUCAUGAUCCCAUUGGGAGGGAUUUCAUUGGCCAGAGGACAAUAGCCUUCACCAGCAUGAUGCCAGGUUAUCGACAUGUGUACUUGGAAGGGAUGGCAGAGUCUUCUAUCUUUGUUCACAUUUCCAUCAUUGAUGGGAGGAUAAAGCCGGCAACUGCUGUGCAAGUGGCCAAAAAGCACAUCCAAAAGGCAGCUCAGAAGCACAUGAAGGGACCCCACAGGCAGCCGUCCCUCGACUCAUCCGUGCAUUCCUCGGAAGAUUGGCCUCCUCCACAUCUCCGCAAGGAUGCAGACUCCUUCUCCCAGGACAGCAGGAUUGGAGAAAUGUCACCUCUGGUCCAAGGGCCCGCCUACAGGGCCGCUAUGCACAAAGGGAUCAUGAGCGAACCCGUGAGACGUGCCCACCGUGUCAGAAUUCAUGACCCAGCUCAGAUGAGGAGAGGCAUAUUCAGCAAGAUGUCGUCCACAGAUUCAAAACCACCGUCGACGUUAAUGCUUCAAGACAGCUUUGACCUGGACAGCCCUUCUUGUCCGAACAGUCCCACUGAGGACAGACAGGAUCCAGCUGCAGCUAACUUCAGUGAGCUUCAGUCUUUGUCUGAAGCUGCUGAGUUACAGAUACCUCCCACGUUUGGACCAAAGGAGCUUGAACCUCCCGUGGUGGUCCGACCAGAAGCAAUGACUGAACAAGAACCACCGGGGGAACCUCCACCUGAAACCCCUCAAUCAAAACCACAACCCCUAAAUGCUGACGCCAAAAUUGUACCUCUCAUCCCUCCACCAUCUCCGGCCCGGGUCAGAAGGACCUUGGAGGCAUCGGCCACCCCCAGACCCACCACCCCAAUACGAACAAAGGUCCGCUCGCGCAGCUGCCCUCGAAAACCGACCAGCUCCCCUAUCACGCCCAUGGUGAGCCGCAAGCCUGUUUCCCACUGGCAGACCUGGCGAGUCCAGAGCACGGGCAAGGACAGCGGCCGCCAGGUGAGACCUAUACCCAACGGUCUGUGCUUGUCAGACAGCUCGUCCAGCAGCGGGAGCAGCUCGGACAGCCUGGAGUUCAGCGACGCCCCCGUCGCGGCGGGUGCACAGCAGUGCGACGGCACCCUGCAGAGGGAGAUGAGGGCGCUUUUUGACGAAAAGAUGAGAGAGAUCAGAUGUAAAUCGCCACUUUUCUUCGAUGCUUGGGAUGUGUGAACAUGUUUGGUCCUAGAUAAGCUUGUCGUUACAGGUUAGGAUACCAGGAUUUUGUGGUACCUUGACUCACACGUCAUCAAGUCAUAAUUUGUUUUGUGACAGAGUUUGUACCAGAGUAUGCUCGUACAGUGAAGCCCUACAUAUGUAUGAUUCAUCAUUCACAAUUUGGGGAUUUAUUUUGAGAGAUUAUCCUCCAUUAUCUGAUGAAUGAUUAUUAUUAUGAUUGAUUAUUUGAUUUUUUUUUUGUGCUCAAGUUAAAGCCAUGUGUCCUACAAAAUACAACUUUGGAGCUAACUGGUGGUAUCUCCAUCACCUUUACUGCGAUUACUGUACUUGUAGUAAAAACUUCACCCCAAUAGCACUUCCUGAUCAAUUUACAAAUCAAGAUUUCUUUUGAUUUCUUUUUUUACUUCUUCAUUCUCCCAUUGAACACCUACAUAUCUUGUUUAUUAUUGCUUUUUCCUGUUUGAUUUAUUUUUUCCA